AUGUGCAGUACAAUCUUAACAUAUUCUAUUCUUUUAUCUCAAUUUAUUCUCAUAAUACAAGCUGGUAAUUGUUUUUAUAAUCGUGCCAUUGAUGUAUGUUAUGGUGUAAGUGAACUAGAUACGACUGAAGAACAAUGUACUGGAUCGUAUUAUUCGGAUGAUACUCUUCAAGUACUUGAUGGACAUGCAUAUGCUGAAAAUUGUCGUGAUGUAAAUGUAUUACCGAAACGAUGUGAUGCCGAUUGCGGUCUUGGCCAAGAAUGUCAAUAUAUCAAUGGAGAAGAAAUGUGUGUGUGUAGCGAAGAAUCUUGUACAUCAUCAACAAAAACUAAUCAACAACCAUUGUGUGCAUCGAAUAAUAUGACCUUUCAAUCGAAAUGUUUAAUGGAAGCAUGGAAAUGUUCAAAUCAUCAAUCCGCAUUAUACGUAAAAUAUGAAGGCGAAUGUCAAAAAGAUUGUCGGAAUGUAAAAUGUGGACAUGGUAAAAUUUGUUUAUUAGUUAAAAAUACAGGUGAACCAAUGUGUUAUCCAAAAGCUCAUUGUAAACCAGGUUUAAAUCCUGAACCUGUUUGCGGUACAAAUGGAGUAAGUUAUCCAAGUAUAUGUGCCAUGCGUUUAAGUCGAGAUCAACGUGGUUAUACACCUGAAGUAGCACAUAAAGGUUCUUGUGAAAAUCAAUGUCGACCGGGUUUAUGUCAAUCAUAUGAACUUUGUGUAUAUUCAAAACAUUUACGACCAGUUUGUAUUCGAUGUCAAUAUCCUCCAAGAUUUUAUACACAUAGUGGAGAAUGUAGUAUGAAUGUAUCAGUAUGUGGUAAUAAUGGUAUGCUAUAUAAAAAUUAUUGUUCAUUAUUACUUGAUCAAUGUCACAAAAAAGAAUCGAUUAAUAUAAUUGAUUAUGGUCAAUGUCCAACGAUGAAAUCUAAACAAAUUCGAACAAAUAAAUUCAAUUAUUUAAAUCAAUUAACAGACUACAAAAUGAAUUAA